AUGAGAGCGAAAUUUCCACGUAAAGAACCUUACAACAAUAUAACGAUGACAUUUGCUUUGCUGCGAAAAGCCAAUAGCUACAAACCCUUCCUGUACAACAUCACCAUUGAUAUUUGCCAAUAUAUGAAGAAGCACAAUAAUCCAGUUAUUAAAUACUUCCACAGCUGGUUUCGUGACUACUCGACUUUUAAUAGAACUUGCACCUAUGGCGCACAAGAUGACUUCGUUGAUAAGCUGCCCAUCAGCUAUGUCAAUCAUAUAGCAACCGAAGUGCUUCCAGUGCCAGCCGGCGAAUAUGUUUUUCACACCGAUUGGUGCUUCUUCAACAAAAAGAAGGGCAUCAUGAAAGUCUACUUUCAAAUUCUAUAG